AGAUGUUUACCGAUGGACCGGAGGGCUGUGGAUUACUGUGAUGCUUUUAUCAGACUUUUAUUCUGACGGCACCCAUUCACCGCAGUGCGUCUGACGCAGAGACACAUUUUCACAGAGCGAGGGUUUUCUUUCUCCCGGAGCGUGAAGAAGGGAGGCGUCUGACGCGACUCCAUCGAUCCAGACGUCACAGAUUGAGUUUCAGAGAGAAGAUGUUUGAAACACCCCCACAAAAGACUCCCAGCCCUUCUGUCACUCAACGCGAUGACAUCUGGAAUUUCAGCGAGACGCUCACGAGACGAGAGGACAGACCCUGCAGACCUCAUCCUGCCCCAGAAGAGAGAAGAACAGAGCCGCUUUAAAACAUGAAACAUCUGACGUGGAUCAGCGCUCUCUCGUUCCUGCUGUAUUUCUCCUCGGGGUCUGCAGAUCACAGGGAAAAGCGUCAGAUCCCGUCGAGGAGUCUGGCAGGAGUUUGUCGAUACGGCAGCAGACUGGAGUGCUGUUACGGAUGGAAGAAAAACAGCAAAGGACACUGUGAAGCUCAGUGUGACCUGGGCUGCAAACACGGCGAGUGUGUCGGUCCGAACAAAUGCAAGUGCUUCCCCGGAUACACCGGAAAGACAUGCAGCCAAGAUCUGAACGAGUGCGGUCUAAAGCCUCGUCCCUGUGAACAUCGCUGCAUGAACACUUUUGGUAGCUAUAUGUGCUACUGCUUGAACGGAUACAUGCUGAUGCCCGACGGCUCCUGCGCGAACUCGAGGACAUGUUCUCUGGCUCACUGUCAGUACGGCUGUGAGGAGGUCCACGGCGAGGUCCGCUGUCUCUGUCCAUCUCCCGGCCUUCAGCUCGGAUCUGACGGGAAGACCUGCGAGGACAUUGAUGAGUGUGUAAGCGGGAGGAACCAGUGUCCGUUCAACCGUCAGUGCACAAACACGUUUGGAAGCUAUUACUGCAAGUGUCAGCCGGGUUAUGAUCUCAAAUACAUCAACGGAAAAUAUGACUGCGUUGAUAUAAACGAGUGCGUGUCGAACACACACAAGUGCAGCCAUCACGCCGAGUGCGUCAACACUCACGGAUCGUACAAGUGUAAAUGUAAGCAGGGUUUCCGUGGAAGUGGAUUCGAUUGUUCAGUCAAGCCUUUUUAUCACAGAUCCUGGGAAGGUGAGAAAGGAAAUGCACACGCGAUUCCCAACGCUAUCCCCGACUUUCCCUCCAAAACCCGCAUCUUGGGAGGAAAGCUGGACAACGCCAUCCCGGAGGCGACCGGAUCCCCGCGGCACCGCCUGCAGCCCUUCGACUACGACGGCGAGGUCUACGUCGGGCCUCCGGAGCGGAAGCCGGCCUUCCCGGGGGAGGAGGCGUAUUACGAGGAAGAGGAGGAGGAGGAGGAAGACGACACGGGAAACCGGCUGGAGGGAGAGGAGCUGAACCCCAGAGGAGACGCUUUCUUUCCAGAUGAUUUUGAGUCCAUUUACGAUCCGGAGUCAGAGCCGAAGGAGAUCCAGGCCGCGCCGCUGAAGGAAAGAUUCCUGACAGACUGUGACUUUGAUCGUGGUGCGUGUGAAUGGGUGCAGGACAUUGAAGACGAUCUGGACUGGACCAUCAAAUAUCAUGAAAACGGAAGAGAGUAUUACCUGGCUCUGGACGGUCCGGUGGGGAACAGGAAGGAGCAGGCGCGGAUGAAGCUGCUGCUGGACGAUUACAUGCGUCAGAGCAGCUUCUGUCUGAAAUUUGACUACCGCAUUCAGGGUCAGAACAUGGGCGUCUUACGGGUGACGCUGGACGACGGCGGCGCGGGCGUCUGGGAGAGAAGAAACCCUCCGAACCGCGGCUGGCAGACCGAGCAGAUCACCAUCAGCUGGACACAAAACAGUCCGGACGCCAUCGUCUUCGAGGCCGAGCGCGGGAGGUCCGUGAGAGGAGAGAUCGGUCUGGAUCACGUGGUUCUGAUCUCUGGACCCUGUUCAGACGAGAAAACGGCUUUUUAACGGCGCCACGGUUCUAGUUCGUCCUAUUUGAUCAAUCUCAACAACAACGAAAGACAGAUUGUUGCUCAGCUUUCAUAAUAAGCAGGCACUAACCUGCAUGGAAAUAAGGAGAAAUACAGGUUAUUGAUAUUACGUUUUCUGAUUGUAGGUAGAUAUCAGUUUCUAUUUGUACGAUUAUAUGAACAUUGUAACAUUAUAAUGUUGUACAUUUUGCUUUGCAUUAAAUAUUUUAAGAGAUUUUUACA